UUGCAUCCAGUGUCGCGAUCACGGCUUCCCAGCACCAUGUCCAGAUCAGGCCCAGCCGUGGCAUCACUGGAGCCAGGCCUCACCGGGUCCCUGAACCGGGGCCAAGCCCAGACUUACGGCACGGUUGGGAGCCCCAUGCCCCCGCAGCACCCUGGCACCCGGGAUCAGACCUACCUGGAUGAACUCAUCAGCAUCCCCAAGGGCAGUGGCCCGGUUUUCAGCUUUAGGAAACUCUGGGCUUUCACCGGUCCCGGCUUCCUCAUGAGCAUCGCCUACCUGGACCCAGGCAACGUGGAGUCGGACCUGCAGUGCGGGGCAGUGGCGGGGUUCACGCUGCUGUGGGUGCUGCUGUGGGCCACCGUCCUGGGGCUGCUGUGCCAGCGCCUGGCCAUCCGGCUGGGUGUGGUGACAGGGAAGGACCUGGGUGAGAUUUGCUACCUCUAUUACCCCAAGGUGCCCCGUGUGCUGCUCUGGCUCAUGAUAGAGAUCGCCAUCAUCGGCUCUGACAUGCAGGAGGUGAUCGGGACAGCCAUCGCCUUCAGCCUGCUCUCAGCCGGCCGCAUCCCCCUCUGGGGUGGGGUCCUCAUCACCAUCGUGGACACCCUCUUCUUCCUCUUCCUCGACAAGUACGGGCUCCGCAAGCUGGAGGCUUUCUUCGGCCUUCUCAUCACCAUCAUGGCCCUGACCUUCGGCUAUGAGUACGUGGUGGUGAGGCCGGGGCAGGUGGAGGUGCUGAAGGGAAUUUUCCUGCCCUACUGCCCGGGCUGCGGGCGAGAGGAGCUGCUCCAGGCCGUGGGCAUCGUUGGCGCCAUCAUUAUGCCCCAUAACAUCUUCCUCCACUCCUCCUUGGUCAAGACACGGGAGAUCGACCGGUCCAAGAAGGAGGCGGUGCGGGAGGCCAACAUGUAUUUCCUGACCGAGUCCUGCCUGGCCCUCUUUGUCUCCUUCCUCAUCAACCUCUUCGUCAUGGCUGUCUUCGGCGAGGCUUUCUACCGCCAGCGAAAUGAGGAUGUACACAACAAGUGUGUCAACAGCAGCAUCAGCCAGUAUGCCAGCAUCUUCCCCAACAACAAUGAGACGGUCUCUGUGGAUAUCUACCAGGGGGGCGUCAUCCUGGGAUGCUAUUUCGGGGCGGUGGCACUGUACAUCUGGGCCAUUGGGAUCCUCGCAGCAGGACAGAGCUCCACGAUGACCGGGACCUACGCAGGGCAGUUUGUCAUGGAGGGCUUCCUGCAGCUCCGCUGGUCCCGCUUCGCCCGGGUGGUCUUCACCCGCUCCUUCGCCAUCCUGCCCACCGUCUUUGUGGCUGCCUUCAAGGAUGUCAGCCACCUCACGGGCAUGAAUGACCUGCUCAACGUCCUGCAGAGCAUCUUGCUGCCCUUUGCUGUCCUGCCCGUCCUCACCUUCACCAGCCUGCGCCCGCUCAUGCAGGACUUCACCAACGGCCUCCCGGGGAAGGUGCUGAUGAUCCUCAUCACGGGGCUGGUCUGCGCCAUCAACAUCUACUUCGUGGUGGACUUUCUGCCCACGCUGCGGGGCCUGGGGUACCACAUACCCCUGGGCCUGCUGCUGGCUGCCUACGUGGCCUUCGUCGCCUACCUGAUCUGGACCUGCAGCAUCGCGCAUGGAGCCCGGUUCCUGGCCCGGGGCCACCACAGCCGGUUCAGCUUCGGCGUCUCCCUCGACCAGCCAGUGCUGGCAGGGACCCGGUAACAGACCCCGUCCCCCCUCCCUGCCCAGCACGGCCCCCCGCACUGGGCACCGAUUCGAUGCCACGCUGAGCCUGGGGAUGAUGUUCUGGCCAGAGAUGCAGCCAGCAAGGAAGGGGUUAACAGCGGGCAGACCACCCCCCAAGUUUUUAGCGCACCCCCCCAAUUCAGGGGUGCUGGUUCAGGCUGGAUGCGGGGGGGGGGGGGGGAAGCAGCGGGAGGUGCCCCCAGCCCUUGGCACAGAGGCUUCAGUGAAUGAGCCGCCCCGGAGAUCUUCCCUCCUCAUUAGUGCCGGGAACCGCCGGCCCCCGGGACCGCUAAUUACCGCCCGGGACCGCUAAUCACCUCCCAGGACCGCUAACCAUCCCUCGCCGCCCGGGGACGGCGGGGCCAGCGCCAGGGGAGCCGGGACGGCCAGCCCCGCUGCCCGGGACCGGCCCCAGCCCCCGGACCGGACCGGCUGGAGCCCCACGGGGGGCUCCUAA